GGGUGUAGCAUUAGGACCCAGUGGUGCAAUCAUGUUGGAGGUAGGAGCUACUUGUCCCAUUUUGGAGCUUUUAGACCAGACAGAAGGGAUCAGGGCAUCUGGAAAGGAACAAACCGGCACAUAGAUCCCAAACUGACUUCCCAAAGCUCCUCCAACUACCUCCUGCGCUGCUCCACUCCUCCCCGCUGCCCCCCGUGACCAUGAGAGCAGUCUGUCUCAUCUUGCUGUGUCUGCCAGCAGCGCUCCUGGCCCAGGGACAGUACGAUCUCGAAGGACCCCCUUAUCUUGACCAGCUGCAGUAUUCCCAGUACGACCCUCAGUUAGACAAUCAAGAUUACUAUGACUAUCAAGAUGUCACCCAGCGCACUCCCGAAGAGCAGUUCCAGUAUCAGUCCCAGCAACAGACCCAGCAGGAGAUCAUCCCAGCACCAACCCCCGACCUUCCCGAGACCGAACCCACAGAACCUGGACCUCUUGAUUGCCGGGAGGAGCAGUAUCCCUGCACCAGGCUCUACUCCGUCCACAAGCCCUGCAAGCAGUGCCUGAACGAGAUCUGCUUCUACAGCCUUCGACGGGUGUAUGUUAUUAACAAGGAAAUCUGUGUUCGUACUGUCUGCGCCCACGAAGAGCUGCUCCGAGCUGACCUGUGCCGUGACAAGUUCUCCAAAUGCGGCGUGCUGGCAACCAGCGGCCUCUGCCAGACCAUGGCUACCUCCUGCGCCAGAAGCUGCGGCGGCUGCUAAGGCUGGACGGCGGAUGCCACAGCAGGUGCACAGGUCACGACUCUGCUCAAGGCCAGGCCAAGCCGACCCAGAGGAAAGCUCUCUUCCCGAGCUACCUUCCGUCUGCCCCGGUAGAAUAACAUUGUCAUUGUGCUCCUGAAAUCAAUGGUGCUAAGGAAACAUGGUGCAUGAAACAGCAUAGAAGUCCAUUUUGUGCACAUAAUAUAGGGAUUUUUAUGUUUUUUUUAUUACUUUUUAUGAUAUUGGAAGAGUCACCGGCAGGGGCUGGGCUGAGCCAGUGCAGUCUGAUUGGACUCAGCUGGCGCACGCCAGCCCAGCUGGGCUGCUGGCUCAAUUUAUACGUAGAGUAUCCAAGAGAACAAGUGUAAGGGGUUGUCUGAAUUUCUGGUCUGUCCCCCCCCCCCCCCCACCCUUUUGCUGCUUUCUUAGACCGUUGCCCCCCGUCUCUCCUUCCUCCUCCGACUUUCCAGUGGAUUUGAUGGCUGCUGCUUUAUUCCUUGGUUUGGACCAGGGUGCAGUUCGAAGCUCAUCCUGGAUGCUGGCCCAAGGGUCUAUUGUUUGGCCCCAUCUGGCCCCAAAGUUGUGCCGGGCUUCGUCAACUCUGUAGCUGCCACAACGCUGCAGUAGCUGGGUUCUGCCUGCUGCAUCCCACCCCCACUCUGCCUCUCGCCCUGGUCUCGUGAAUGCGCCGGCUGGCUGAGUGGCAGCUUGGCACAUGCCCCCAUUCACCUCUGCUCAAGUGUCAGAAUAGCACCGAUUGUUACCUGACCCACGGCGAUUGCAGUGAGGGAAACAGCGGCUCGGCUGAAGAUGUCUGAGCUGGGCCGCAUCAGGUACGUUGUACUGCAGGAGAGGCAGCCCAGGACGUAUUUUGACAGCUGGUAGUUUCAUCUUUGGGUGCUGCUGCAGAGACAGGAGAAGCCCAUUCUCUCAGUGCAGGGACUUUGGAUCCCAUGGGGGAGAUGACGGGCUAAAGAGGUCAGCUGCCAGAGCAGAUAACUUCCACCCAUUGCAGCCAACCGCAACCGUAGAAACUCGGCCCUUCAGAAACUCAGAGCUGGGAUGAUGCUGGUGCCUGCUCCCACCUGGUCCUUACUUGAAGAGAAAAUGACUCUUUUGAGGUAGACGCCACACAGGCAGGUGGAUGGAGGCCACUCGUACCAUCUCCCUCUGUGUUUUACCAAAGUCAGCCCUUUUCAGCUGCGGACUUUAACUCUUUCCCCGUGCUCUCGCUCCUUCAUCACUCUGCUUCCUUGAGCAGGUGCCAGCUCCCCCGUACCACUCCCGACCGUGUCCACCUGCAGGGGAGCCUUGUGGUCCACCAUUCACUUAAAAAUCAUUGGCCGUCUCUGCAUCAAUGAGCCAGGAAUCUGUCUUUCUUGCAGCUCCAUACCUGAUCCAACCGGGGGCCCCUGCCCCUCCUUCCCUUUGAGCCAGGUAUUUCGGGUUACCGCGCUCGGGAUUUGGUGCGUAAAUGAUUUAGGAACCUAAAUCCCAUUGGCAGUCAAUGAGAUUUCGGCUCCUAAAUGGCAAUGCUGAGUGCAGCAACUUCAAAAUAGCUUUUGUAAAAAAGGAGCUGGGCCAUUGAUGCAGACGUGACCCUGACCGUGGGUGGUGAACUGGCCCAGGCUCACUUGCUCCCAGGGCUUAGAGGGGCCCCGCAGCGCUGCAUUCUCCUGUACUGUUCCGGUUUUCUUGCUUGCGCUGUAGCUUUGUACGGAUCAUUCCUUUUUUUUUUUUGUACAAAAUGAAUGUUUUAAAAAAAUAAACAACCCAAAAAGGUCA